AAAAUAUUUCUGUGCUUCCAGGAGUUCCAGGUAUAUAAGAGGACUUGAUAUUUCUGUAGUUUUUAGAUACAAUUUAAGUAACAAAUUAAUUAUAAAGAAAAAGUACCAUAAAGGAACUUGCUAACAGUGUAUAAUAACUCUCAAAAUUUAGUUUAGAAGUUGAUUUUCAAGGCAUACAGAAAUUUGUGUUUAAAAACUUCUCUUGUUAAAACUACAUUAAGUAUGGUACUAUAAAUUGAAAUAACUUAUCAUAAUAAUAGCGAUAAGUGAUAACAAGGCCUGUCACAUUUAAAUCGAAUGUCAUUCUUAUCAACCCAACAUUAACAAUCAGUUCUCUGAACUACUCACUUAUCCUCUUAACUGCAAAAAAACAUACUCAAACUCUUCCAUUAUGGCAUCUCGUCGUCAAGCACUUUUGCUGUCAUCAUCCAACUGCCAUGGAUACAAUCUUUUAGAAUUUGCCAAAGCGGAAAUCUCCAGUUUCCUCCAAAGGAACAAUGUCAAGGAUUUAAUAUUCAUUCCUUAUGCUCAAAAUGACUUUGAUGGCUAUACUACUAAAAUAAAGAAUGUUAUAGAUCAAUGGGGAUUCACAGUCACUGGUCUGCACACAUAUCCUAAGCCAGAAACUGCUAUUAGUGAAUCUAAAGCUAUCUUUAUUGGGGGUGGAAAUACUUUUUUACUUUUGAAAAGAUUGUACAAAAAUAACUUAGUCCAAUUAAUGAAAAGUAAAAUUGAUGAUGGUAGUUUAAUAUACAUUGGAAGCAGUGCGGGAACAAAUGUAGCAACAAAAAGUAUUCAUACAACAAAUGAUAUGCCAAUAAUUUAUCCACCAAGUUUUGAAGCAAUUGGCAUAGUUCCAUUCAACAUUAAUCCUCAUUAUAUUGAUAAAGUUGAAAAUGAAGAACAUAAAGGAGAGACAAGAGACCAAAGAAUAGCUGAAUAUCUGGAGAUGCAACAUGCAGCUCCAGUGUUAGGACUGAAAGAGGGUGCAAUAUUGCAUGUUGAUGGUUCAAAACUUAUCUUAAAAGGUGUAAAUGGAGCAGUAUUAUUUAGUAGGAGUCAAAAGAAAAGUGAAUAUAAUGUGGGAGCAGAUUUAUCUUUUUUAUUAAAUGAAAUUUAAUGAACCUGUUUUCUUUUUUUUAAAUAAAACACAAAUUGAUAAC